CUUCAAAAGAAUUGAUCACCAACAUGUCGAGGCAGCUGCUGAUCCCCUCAAAACUACGUCCGGCGAUGGUCGUCGUGGCAGCUGCCUUGAUGAUUGCGGCGGCGGCACGUCCCACAGUCCAGAUGUUUCAACCGAGGUCGGUUUCCGUCGUAAACAUGCUGAGCGAUAGGAAGCUGAUCGUGCAUUGUCGGUCCAAAGACGACGAUUUGGGAGCCCACGUGGUGGAAGUAGGCUCUGAGCUGCGCUGGGUGUUCGUCCCGCUCGACGCUACGCUGUUUUGGUGCAAGCUGGCGGUGGAGGAUCGGCGUCGUUCUUUCGAUGCGUACGAUGGGCUGAAGGGCGAUAUAUGCUGUCGUGAUAUUCACUGGAUGGUAAGGGACGAUGGGCUUCAUCUCAUGGAUUCGGACGGCGUCGAAGUAGAAUCUCAUCGACGGCAGUGGCACCACCUAUAGAUAACUCUAAUACAUACCUACUCUACUAUUUUAAUUUUGACCUUUAAAGCUCUCUAUAUAUAGCUCUAAUCAAUAUGUGUUUUUUUUCUUAUAAGGGUGUUAUACGUUUUUAUUUUUUGAAGUUGGGUGAUAUUUUUAGCGAUUUGAACUGGAAACUUUCAUGUUCAAGAUUAGUGAUCUUACCACAAGAGAAAACCCUUAUUCGAUCGCCAUUUAUGUGCUUCCUUCGCUAUUUAUGAUUGUUGAAGGUUCAUAUAUCUUUUGAUAUAGAUGGAUGUUGCUUAAUGAAUAUUGUUCUGUGAAAUACCAACAACACUGGCUAAUUACUGUGAACGAACAAAUCAUUUAAUAUCAAAUAACUUAAGUUGUUGGGUAGAGGUUUGUAUGAAUUUUUAUGUGGUUCUUUUCUUCUACAUGUUCUUCAAAUGAAAGCCUACUGCGGACUUCCAGUUUGCACAGGUUAAACAUACAUAUUGAUCGGCAUUUUUGGUUUGGGUGACCACCCAAUGACAUUUCAACACUUUAUUUAUAUUUUAACGAUCUAUCUUAUUAUUGUUAGGUUAUUAUUUGAUCUCUCUAUUUUUAUAUAUGAAGAAAUACACUUGGGGCGACGAAUAUGCGGCGGGGAGCCUUAAUCCAUACCCGCCCCAUCCUCAUACAAAAUUUUGUAGGGUUACCUAUUAACUGGAAUAGAAGUGUUCGGGUACCCGUGAUUGCGACUUUCAAUUGCCACCCCUUAUAAUCACCAUAAACCAUUUGGGGUCAUUAAAAAACUUUCUAAGGCCCAUUAGUACAUGUUGAUUAAUUAGUAAGCAUUUUGAGAGGAUUAGUAAACGACCAAAUGAGUCAUUAGUAACCCUCACAACCGGCUCAAGAUAGGGUGCAUAACCAUGGGUUAUGCACCCAUCAAUAACCAAAUCUGGACCCUUCAUUUAAAAAAUCCAGAUCUAAGGAUGGAGAAUUAAAAACUAUUUUUAUUUUCACUAGCUUUCUUAAUUGACUCAUAUCUUUUUCGUUUUAACUCGGAUUUUAAUUUUUUUUGCACAGAUGGAAUGAGUUCACCGUGCUCUACAAAAUGAGAUCAAUUUUCAAUAUUUUUUUAGGAAAAAAAAAUUCUGGCCUCUCGGUACCAACUGCAUACCAUAUGGUAUCUUCUUCAUUUUUAAUUCGUUUUUGAAAACGUUUGCACAGCAGGGAUGAGUUCAUCAUGAUCUAUUGGAUCUACAAAUUUCUGGGUGAACAAAUUACAGGACCAAAAAAUACCACACAAUACGGGGUGGUAUUGUAUGGUAUCUUCUUCGUUUUUAAUUCGUUUUUGAAAAUGUUUGCACAGAAGGGACGAGUUCAUCAUGAUCUAUUGGAUCUACAAAUUUCUGGGUGAACAAAUUACAGGACCAAAAAAUACCACACAAUACCAUACAAUACCACCCUGGUACGGGGUGGUAUUGUGUGGUAUACAAUGUUAAAAGUCGUAAAUUACAAUUAAUAUACUUCUACUAUCAUGUAUUCAACCAUCCUACAGUAUUGGUUUGUUCAUACCACCAUGGUACGUUUUUCAAAACAUAGGUAUGCUUUUAUUUCAAUACCAGUCAAUACCAUAUGGUAUAGGCUGGUAAAAAAUGGCACAAUUUUUUUUGUUCGAAAAAUAUACUAAAGUGGAUAUCAUUUUGAAGAGCACAAUUAAUCUGAUCUAACUGUGCAAAAAAAAUUAAAUUUCAACUUAAAAUGAGCGAGAAAUCGUCCGUCAAAUAUUAAAAAGGGAAAAAUUAAAGGCUUUCCAUGAGAGAGAGGAUGCUGAUGUCAUGCUGAUGUGGACGGGUUACUCAUGGUUACUCACCAUAAGGUUACUGACCUGAUCCAUUCCCCUCACAACCUUGACAAGGCGGGUUUGUAAUGACCAUUUUCCCUCUCUAGUCCUUUGAAUAAACAAAAAAUUUAGCAAUGUGAAUGAAGGAGGAAAUAUAAGCUGUGGAUGAUG